AUGCUUGCAUAACCAAAUAUGACUGUGCCAAACUUGUUGGAACAUAAUCUACAUGUUUAAGUUAUCCAGGAUAUUGUACCAAUGAAUCAACAGCUACAGAUACAACUCCCUUGUGUGUCCAGAAAAUGUACAGACAACACCGAUGCAACAGAUAAUGCUACAUGCGUUACUUUUUUACCCGGAUGUAUUAUUAAUGGAAAAGGUUGUGUUGAUUACAAUACUCCAUGCACAUCAAUGCAAGGUACUUAGGACACUUGCAAUAAUCUAUUUGCUUAUAAAAGCGGAUCUGCUGAUAACUUUACAACAAAUUAAUGCUAUAAUGAUGCAAGUGCAGCUGCUACUGAUUAUUGUUAAGUGAAGACUUGCAAAUUGGCUGAAAACUAGACUGAUGGUUCAUGUGGAUCAUUUUUAGAUGGGUGUGUCUAUAAUGGCAAUGGAGGUUGUGUUGAUCCAUAAGCUGAAGAUACAAUAUGUCAAAGUUACACAGGUGUUGAUGCAUUCUGUGAAUCUGCAAUUGUAAGAAAUAAAAGUAAAAAAUACUGUUUUGGAACAUCUAUAUUAGGUACUUGCAAGACUAGGGAAUGUACAGAUAAUACAACAGCCACAAAAGAUGAGAAUUGUGAGGCUUUUAUGUCCGGAUGUAUAGUAAAAUCUGAAGGAGGUUGUAUUGCUAAAUCUGCAAGAUCUUGCUCUUAAUAAUAAGGAAAUGUUGAUACUUGUCCUAAUUUGAGUGGUGGUUUAUUAGUUUCUUCAGAAUGGACAAAGGUUGGGUGCACAUAAUAUGAUAUCUGCUAAGAUAGAUAAUGUGCGGAUAUCCAAAAUCCUGAUUCAGAUUUAAUUUGCACAGAUUAUAAAUCAACUUGUAGAUUUUUAAAGGCUGGAGCUGCCUGCAUUGAUGCAAGUAUUUGUAGUAAUUACAAUACCCCUGAUACAGCCACAACUGAUUAACAAAAGUUUGAUUAUUGUACAAGCAUCAAAGAUAAUGCUGGGUUACUUUGUGGUUGGUCCUCAGGAACAAAGUGUGCAUCUAGAACUUGUGACUAGUUCUUGAGCACAUUUACUACUUCAUUAACAUGCGUUACUUAUUUAUAAAAGAAUGUUUCUAUUUCAACAGAUGCAACAUGUAAAUUAGCAGGAACCAUUUGUUAUUUACCUGAUAAGGCAAAUUGCGAUUACAGUUAUGCUUCUACAGAUACAACUGAUGCACUUAAACUAACUUAAUGCAAGAAAUAUGUAAAUGAUAAAGGCCUUACAUGUACAUUUAAAACAGGUGAAAUUAAAUGUAGUUUAUAAGAUACUUGCGAAAAAUUAAUCACAUAAACAGAUACAAGAACAUGUAAUGAUCAAUCUAUAUUCAAUUCGGAUGGAAAAUGUUAAAAAGUUACAGAUUCAACAUGUUUAACUUUAUCAACAGUCUGUACAGACUAUAAACUUGAUUUUACUUUGACUACUACAAAAAGAUAAGAAUUAUGUUGGGGAUUGAAGGCUAUUGAUGCUUUGAAUAAAAUAACUACAGGAACCGGAGUUUAUACUAAAUGUGUGUAUAAGGCAGGUCUUGCAUGUGAUUCCAUUGCAGCUUGUUCAGAUAUUUAUUCAGCCACAAGUUAAGCAGAUUGUGAUGGUUAUAAACCAGGAUGUACUUAUUUUAGCGGUAAAUGCUAUGCUAAUGUUCCAGCUAAUAGUUGUCCUAUAAUUUUCCCAAGUGGAGUUAUAACAGAUACCUAAAAGUCUCUUUUUUGUAGAAGUAUCAAAGAAUAAACUGUUUAUUGUAGAAUUAAAUCUGAUAAAAGCGGCUGCGAACUUGCAGAUAAUGGAAAUUGCUCUGAGAUAACAAUUCCAACAACUGGAACUUGGGAUACAUAAAGUGAUCCAACAACCGCUGCAUUUAAGUCUGCAUAUUGUUUAGCCUAAUCAUUUAAGGAUAGAGAAAAAUUUUGCCAUUAUUUCCCUUCAAAUAUGACAACAGUCUGCAGUGAUGCAACAUGUCCAUAUAUUCCAUCACCAACUAGUUAAGGAGAUUGUGAUAAUUACUUGUCUGGUUGUAUUUACUUUAAUUAUAAAUGUUAUGAUCCAGGAGUAGGAGUUACAGCCCCUGGUGAUUGUGCUGAUAAUGCCAAAGUACCUAUAGAUAGCGCAUUGACUUCAGCUUAAAAAUUAGUAUAUUGCUAAUCAUUUUACAGAUCUGAUAAAUCUAUCUACUGCACAUAUGAUCAAUAUAGUGCAACUCUACAAACUCAAUGUGUACAUGCAGAAGCAUGUACUUUUUAUACAACAUUGCCAGCUCCUGAUGCUCAUAGGCCAACUUAUUGUUUAAGCAAAGUUGAUGGAAGAGGAAAAAGAUGUGCAUUCACAGCUGCUGAUACUAGAUGUCGAGACUUUGAUUGCUAAGAUAUUACAGGUGCAACAUCAUAGGUAGAUUGCGAUUUAGGAGCACCAGGAAAAACAUGUGUUUAUCUUUUAGGAACAUGCUAUAAUAAAACACCAGCCUGUACAGCAAUCACAGCUUAAGUUGGAAAUGAAAAGGUUUAUUGUGAUUAAGUGACUGCAGCAACAUCAUGUACUUACAUUUCAGGAACAACAUGUGCUGUUGAACAAGAUUGUCACCUUUAUAGUGUCUCAGCAAAUUAAGCCACCAUUUGUGCAAAAUUAACUGAUGCAAGUGGAGAUGCUUGUACAUAUAUUGGUGGAAACAAUUGUGCUAAAUUAGGUGCAUGUGAUACAUAUGAUGGAACAACUACACCAGCAAAAGGACCUGAAUCUGGUUCAGAAGAAACACAAUGUAAAGGAGUUAAAUCAAUUACUAAAUAUCCAUGCAUAAAGGAUACUGAUAAAAAAUGUAAGGCCUAGAUAUGCACUGAUAAUGAUGCCAGUGCUACAGAUUGUGCAAAUAAUGCAUCAGGCUGUCUCUAUUAUUUAAAUAAAUGUAUUUUUAUAGGUGUUUGCGCAAGUUAUAUACCAUAAGGUGCUGAUGAUGCAACUUAAUAAACUUGGUGUGAAGGGGUUUUGAACUCCUCAGGAGAUUUAUGUGCUUGGCACUCUGAGAGUAAAAAGUGUAAAGACAGAAUUUGCAGCGAUAAGUCAUUUUAGACCAACUUUGAUUGUCGAAGUUACAUCAAAACUUGCAAGACAAAUGGUACUACCUGUGUUGACUCUUCAGCUAAUUGCAAUUUAAAUAAAGGCUCUUCAGAAUUUUGCAAAUCUUUAUUAGAUUCAACAGGAAAAGAUAGAUGCAGAAUAUCAGCAGCUACUAGUUUAUAAUAAGCAUGCAUAAACAAAAAUUGUUAUGAUAAUGUUACAGCAACAUCUGAUUCUGAAUGCGAUUCUUAUUUGAGUGGAUGUGUUACACGUGGAACAGGAUGUAUUCCAAAUUCAGAACCAUGCACAUCCUAUAGAGGAACUAAAUAGUUAUGUGAAUAAUUCAAAAAGUACACUGGAUUAGAUGCUAAUAAAAAUCCAAUUUAUGAAUAUUGUUCUGGUGAUGCUACUAAUACAGCUACUUCAAAAUGUAAAGUAAGAACUUGUGCUGAUAACACUACAGCCACAUCAGAUACCGAUUGUGCUGCUUAUUUGAAAGGAUGUAUUACAAAGGGUACUGGAUGUAUUGAUGCAACAUCAUCAUGUAGUGGUUUUUAAGGAGAUUAAGCCAUUUGUGCUAAAUUUUUAGGAAGUUCAGGAAAAGAUUAUUGCUGGAACGCUUCAACCGCAUUAGCUACAGCUACUUGUGCAAAGAAGAUAUGCAGUGAUAUCGCUGGUAAAAAUAAUAAGGAAUGUAGUGAUGGUAUGCCACCAUUCAAGACUACAGAUGACACCUUCUGUGUCUUUGAUGGAACUGGUUGCAUUGAUUAUGGAAAGAAUUGCAGUACCUUCAAUGGAACUGAAGAAACAUGCCCAACAUAUUUGGCUAAAGAUGGUCCAUGCAAAGCUACUACAGUUGGAACAAUCAAAGGAGCAUGCGCUAAGAGAGUAUGUACAGAAGCACCAAAUACACUUGCAACAGAUACUGAUUGUUAGAAAUACCAUAAGGAUUGUUAUACAACUGGUUAUGGAUGUGCAACUAAUAAUUAAUGUAGUAAUAUAAUUAAUAAGUAUUAAUGUUAAGUAAAACCUGAAUGCUCAUGGGUUAAAUAUUGCACUGCUUAAAUAAUAAAAUGUGAGGCUUUGAAUUCUACAAGUUACUCAUAAUGUGCUAAUUCUAAAGUAAAUGGUAAGUUCUGUCUUUGGAAUGAACAAGAUUCAACUUGUAGAUCUCAAACUUGUGAAGAUUAACCAGUUACUUAUGAUUCUCACUCUCAUUGUUAGAAUUUUUCAGAUAAUUGUACGACAACAGGAGCUGGUUGUAUAACUAUUUCUACAUGCACUGCAUAUAUGAAGAGAUCUAUUUGUAAUGCUGCUUCAUACAGUAAAGAUGGUGUAAAAAGAUGCAUUUGGGAUAGUGUACUAAAAUCUUGUAGAAGUCAAGUAUGUAGUGAUAUAUCUGCAUAAAUUAAUGCUGAAUGUGAAGCAUUCGGAGAAGGUUGUAAAUUAAAUGAAUAAAAGUGUGUCCUUGGACUUUCAUGCACUGAAUUCACGAAUUUAAUGUUUUGUAUUUCAUCCAAAAAGGGACCAUGUCUUUGGAUCAAUGGUUAAUGUUAUGAUUAUAAAAGAUGUGAAGAUGCAGGUAAAAAGACACAUCUUUAGUGUUAAGCAUUUUCACCAAAAUGUACAACUAAUGGAGAGACAUGUAUUCCAAUUACUAAUUGUACAAGCACAUUAUUGAAGGCCUCAUGUGUCGUCGGAACUGAUGGAGCUUGUGGAUGGUUACCAACUGGAAAAUGCUAGAAGUUUGGAUAAUGUACUGAUGCCGUUGCUGCUACCAACGAUGAAUGUCUCUCAUAUGGACCAACCUGUAUUACUGAUGGAACUGCCUGUAUUGCUAAAGCAGCUUGUGCUAUUUACAAGACAUAAACAGCUUGUAAUAACCUUGGAACUGAUGGUAUCUGCUAUUGGAAUGCCACUGCUAAUACUUGUAAGUUGAAGGAAUGUGGAGAUGAAUAAAAGGGUACAAACGACUAAUGCAAACUUAUCUCAAUAACUGGAGGAUCAUGCACAACUGAUGGAACCAAAUGUAUCCCAUUGUCAAUUUGCUCAAGCUAUGUUGAAGCUGGAUGUUUCUACGGAACCGAAGGAGAAUGUACUUUCGCAUUACCAGUUGGAGCUACUACAGGAACAAAGAGAUGCAGGUAAAUGCAAUGUGAAGAUAUCACUGGAGGAACAUCAAAUGAUAAUUGUAUAGGUAUUAUUGCAGGAAAGUAUUUUGCAUUGCCAAAGCUGCUUGCUCAACUUAUAAGACCAUUACAUUCUUGUAACGGAGGUGGUUUAGAAAACAAUAAAUCAACUGUUUGUGCUUUCACUCCUACUGGAACUGAUAAAGUUAAUGGAACAUGCAAGACCUUCACCGCAUGUGCCGAUGCUACUAAAGACAAAUAUGCUUGUACAAUAAUUCCAUCAUGUCUUUGGAUUGAAGAUUCAACAGGAGCAACUUGUGUUAAUCAUACUUGUGAGACCUAUGCCACAGAUGCAGGGUGUCUUAAUAUUCCAACCUUUGAUGGCAAUUCAUAAAUGGUUUGUUUUAUGUAAGAUGGAAAAUGUGUUUCUAGUGAUCCAAUUGAAAUUACAGACCCAAGAAUAUGUUACUCUAAAUCAUAGCAUUCACACACUUGGAAUAUAUAAACCAGUAAAUGUGAAAGUUGUAGCUAAGUAAAGAACCCUGAUACACCUUAAACGACCAAUUCUGUAAAUUAUAUGUUCCUCUUAUAGCUUUGUCUAUGGGUGUUAUUAAUGUUUUUUUGA